UAAAUACGUAUACCUCCGGGGCAUUGUGACUGCAGCCGUCAGUGUUUCACCGUUAAAACAUCGACAAGGUUUGGGGCACCAUGCUGAUACUACUCCUGUCCACGCUCGCCCUUGCAGGGGCGCAGCACUUCGACGAACACUACCCGUUCGGGCAGCUGCAACAGCCAGUCGACACGGCGUUGGUUUUCGACUGUGGAAGCAACCCGAACCGUGCGAUCAAGAACCCGAAGUUUACCUUCCAGAGUACUGACCCUAACGCGGACCCUAACCAACAAAGUCUGACGCUUCCCGGCUCUUUCAUCCUCCAGGACUUCGAGAUUGAAGUGACGAAGCCGAUCGCCAGGCCCUUUAACGGGAGAGUGGAGGCUUGGAGAACCAUCUGGCUGUUCGGCGGAACCCCGAGUACCGUCCAGCUGGGGUGCUUCCCACUUACCACCGACAAUGUCGUGGGAAUAGACGGUCUGGGAACUUGUGACUAUGGCGAGCUGUGUUCAAUCCUGGACCUGAACACGCCUAUCGAUGACGUCACUGGUCAGCUGACGUGUUUCCCUGAGGCGAUAGCUCAGGGCAUCCCGGAGGACCAGUGCACUUGUGAAGGUAUCAUCGCCCCCAAGGUCUACUCAGCCCCGAACUACAACAGGCUCAUUGACUUCAGCGACUUGGAGUCGGGGCUGCUGACGUUCCUGGCCGAGGGUGACUACGAGUUCAAGUUGAUCGCUGAAGACGCUAACGGAAACGAGGAGGCCUGUAUCGGCAUCAGGGUUCCUAUUAAGGAGUACGUGGAUCCCGACGCCGGUGGCGGCUGGCUUUUCGGCAGGCGGCGCUAAAUCAGGCACUGACGUCAAUACUUUGUACAAUGACGUCUACACAGGAUCCACUGACGUAUUAAGUACUGUCGCAUCGACAAUGACGUCAGCACAGGAUUCAGUGACGUUAAACAACGCUGAUCAGUUACCAAUAAAACGAGGAUUGUGAAU